AUGGAUAGAAGCAGUUCCAGACGCAGAGGCCGUUCUCCUUACCAUGGCGGCAAUGCCGGCCGUAACCAUUCCGGUGGCAGAGGCGGCAAUGCUGGCCGUAACAGUUCCGGUGGCCGAGGCGGCAAUGCUGGUCGUAGCAUUUACCGCGGCCGUGACAGUUACGUUGGCCGUACAGGAAGGCCUUGUCAACUUCACCAGUUCAGUAGUGGCAAUGAACAAGGGUUUCCUUCCAAACAACAACCACUAAACCCUUGUUCUCCUGGUGCAUCUUCAGAAUCUCACAAUUCUCACCCUCAAACUGAAACUGAAACUGGAAAUGAAAGACAAACUACUCAUAAUCCAGACGCGGGUUCUUUGAAAAUAUCAAAGGAGAAUAUCAGACGUAUGCAUAGGCCUGACAAAGGGGAAAAGGAUAAAGUUGAAACAAGGAAUCUCGAGGUGAACCAUUUCCUUGUUGAGUUUGACGAAGACAGAGUAAUAUUCCAGUACGAUGUCGAUGUGAAGGCCAGGGCACCGCCCAUGAACAUUCGGAAUAAGCUAUUUUCCGAUCACACGCUACCGAGUUCGGCGUACGACAGAAAAAGGAACAUCUUCAGCUCGGAGCCGUUGCCGGCACAAACCUAUGAUGUGGACGAAAGGCUCGUUGGCUAUUCGGUCACUUUCAGACUCGUGAAGGUGCUUGAACUCCGCAAAUUGAGAGAUUACUUGAAUGGAAAUGUUCUUUCGACUCGUAGAGAUGUUUUACAGGGCUUGGAUUUGGCAGUGAAAGAGAAUCCCGCGCAGCGGUGUGAUUCCUUUGGGCGCUGCUUCUUCCCCAUGCAUAAUCUUAGAGCUCCACGAGAUGGGGGUAAUUGUCGAGAAGAAUAUAUUUAA